GGAAUUAUACAAAAUGUUCCGCAGUCAAGUAGCGUCUGCAGCCCGCGCUGUUGCGACACACCGUGGCUUUGCGACGGCCUCCCCGGUCGCUGCCACUGCGCGCAACCACAAAGUCGUCGUUAUCGGUGGAGGCACUGCCGGGUUGGCCAUCAGCCACCAGCUGUUGCGCUCAGGGCGCUUUGUGAAAGAUGACAUUGCCAUUGUCGACCCUGCUAUCUGGCACAACUACCAGCCGGGCUGGACGCUGGUCGGUGGCGGUCUGAAGACGCGCGAGCAGUUGCGCCAGCCGCUCGCUGGGCUGAUGGACCCCAAGCUGAAGUUCUACAACGAGAGCGUUGGCAGCUUCGCCCCAGAGGAAAACUACAUCACCCUUGGCAACAGCGACAAGCUUAACUACGAUCAUCUUGUUGUUGCCCCCGGUAUUGCGCUCAACUUUGGCAGCGUCCAGGGCUUGUCUGAGGCGCUGGCCGCCCCGGACUCGAAAGUCUCCACCAUCUACUCUUACGACACCUGCUCCAAGGUCUUCCCCACGAUCGAGAAGCUCAAGAAGGGUCAGGCCAUCUUCACCCAGCCUGCCGGCGUGAUCAAGUGCGCUGGUGCGCCGCAGAAGAUCAUGUGGCUCGCUCUCGACUACUGGAAGAAAGCUGGCCUCUACGACCCCAGCAACCCUGCCGGUUCGGCCAUCAAGAUCGCCUUCGCCACUGGAACGCCCUCCAUGUUUGGUGUUCCCAAGUAUAACGCGAAGCUCGAAGAGCUGCGCAAGGAGCGCGGCGUUGAGGGGCUCUUCCAGCACGAUCUGGUCGCCAUCGACGGCAAGAAGGCCACUUUCGCCCGUCCCAACGGGGAAUCAAGCGUCACCCGGGAGUUUGAUCUGCUGCACGUCGUCCCAAAGAUGGGUCCCCACGCGUUCGUCAAGAACAGCGCUCUCGCCAACGAAGCCGGCUACGUGGAUGUCGACGACGGCACCACCCGCCACAAGAAGUUCGCCAAUGUCUGGUCUGCCGGUGACGCGUCCAGUCUGCCGACGUCCAAGACCGCCGCGGCAAUCACCGCCGAGGCGCCCGUCCUUGUCCAGAACCUGCUCCGUUCAAUGGACGGCAAAGAAAUCGACGCCACGUACGACGGCUACACUUCUUGCCCGCUAACGACCGAAUACGGCAAAGUUCUUCUUGCCGAGUUCAAGUACGGCGGGGUCCCGAAGGAGACCUUCGGCAAGUGGUUCGGUAUCGACCAGGGAACUCCCAGGAAGGAGUUCUACUUCCUCAAGAAGCACUUCUUCCCAUGGGUCUACUACGAAUCUAUGGUCAGUGGGAAGUGGGGUGGACCCAAGGGAUGGUUGUAAUGAUAGACGAGAGCAUGUAUAUUAUUGAAUAGUAUAGUAAAAUAGAGCAGCAAU